UAGUUUAGUAAUAUUCAUAUUGGUAAGAUAUAUUCAUAUUGGUAGGGUAAUAUUCAUAUUGGUAAUAAUUGUAUUAAGGCAUGAGUCCAAAAAAGGGAAAUGUUAAUAGGUUUUUUUUAAAAAAAACAGAAUACUUGAAGUUUUCCAACUAGAUUUCCUUUACACUACAUUAUUGCACAUACCUAAUUCUACUUCAACAAUAAUAUUGUAAUUAUAUGCCUUUUUUUUGUAUUUGUCUUAAGUAUUUGAAAGUAGAAGAAUGGGGCAAAAAUAUAUUCGCAAACGUCUUGGAUUCUUGCAAUGAAUGACAGUCAAACACAUUUAUUUUUACUAUGUACAAAUGUGGUAGUUUAAAAUAGUACUUUAUUCACUCGGCUGAAAUGACACACAGUCUAUGUAUAGAUAAUGGUUUUGACCUAGCAAGCUAUACUGAUCUUACAAAAAUGCUUCAGAGUUUUCUUACUCUGAACAAGUCAUUAUGAAAAUCAAACCAGUUUGGAAUUUUCCCACUGCUUCUCCUUUAUCUCCUUCACAUCCUUUUAAAAACUUCUGAAGAUGAGAAGAAAAUCUUCUUGCAAGAUCUAAAGUACUGAUUGCUAUCCCUGGAUUAAUACUAUAAGAAUUAAAGAAAAGGUAAGUGUGGUGUUGUUCAGAUUGCUUUUUUCUUCUGUGCUGAAAUAUUAUUAGACCUCAUUGUAACAGAUAAAGCUUAUUCAACUUACACUAGAGAAGCUUGAUACCCUUUAAUUUUAAUAGGACUCAAGUGCGAUUUUUAUUAUGGCUGAUAUAAUUAACUGAACUGAGUACAAUUCUAAAUCAACUUAAUAAAUAAAGAGGCAUGAACAAGUUAAAAUUAGUUCUAUUUCUCUAUUUCAUGACAUAUUAAGAAUUGUUCUAAUUCCACAUGUUGCAAGUAUUUUUGCAGGAAAGAAGCAUGUUGAUAGAAUGAGAGGAUGGGGAACAUUUUAAAUGUUUUUGCAUGCAAUUCAAUAUAUUCAAAUAAUGUUCCAUAAACUGGGAAAUAGUGCUUUUUAAAAAUUACCAUUAAAAAUACAAGUCAUUUGAAAUUGCCAAUGUCUUAUUAACACUAAAUUCAGUCUUAUAUUUUGCCCACUGAAAUAUUAUCUGGGAACGAGGUAAUAUUUUUAAAAAUACUGCUUUCAGCAGUAAAGGGUGCUUUCCAUGUAACUCCCCUUCAUUCUCAUCAUCCAAAAAACUAAUAAUCUUUUAAAAUCAUUACAUGGAUUAAUUCCCCAUACAUACUUACAUAUUUCUUAACUAGAAGUAUAAGAAUUUCCAUAUGCUUUCUCUUCAUUUUGGGAUGUCUGGGAAAACUGAGUGGCAGAUGCUGCUAAUGCUGCUACUUCUGUUACCAAUGGCAUUCAGACUGACAGCUCUUCGUGCCAAACUAACAACUGUACUUCAUAGCUCAGGAAUAAGACACUGGCAGCAGCAACAGUCACCCCCCCCCAACUCCACAGAGACAACAGCAGCCACCCAACCUACUACCCCAGCACUAUCAAGCAGCUCUCCAGGGUCUACAGCUAAACUACAAGGAACAACGUUAGGAACCACGGGGGAACACGUGUGUAGGGGUGUGUGUGUCUCUCUCUCUCUUGACUUUGAGUCCUGGGUCCAAAUCUUGUUGUUCCCUUCAAUCAGCUUGAAAGCGAUCACCAUGGAAGUGCUUACAAAACUGCCUGCUGAACAGAUAAUUAUUCAAAAAGAGAAUGCUGGAAAAAGCAACAGCCAAAUGAUCAAGUAUCAUCCUCAAGAGCCAUCAGUUUCCUCAGCCAAGGAAUCAAAAUAUGUGGAGAUUUACGAUUUUCCUGGAGGGAGUGGAGAGAGUCCCCAGACUCUAAAACUGAAUCUAGCACAGAAUGGAAGUAAAGUGGCUUUUAUCAGAUCUAAAAAUGGACCAUGCGGGAUCAGUGAGGUUAACAGAUUGGCUAACAAAAUCUUGGCAGACAAAUCUGCGAAUCAAGAAUCCCUGGAUUAUACAUCUAAAAUGGAAGGCACUCCUUCCCCCAUGGGGAUGAAAGCUGAUGAGGUUGGGGAAAGGAUCACUGGCAUCAGCUCAGAAGGGUCUGAGAACACUCUGUCCCCUAGUAUCUCCAACGUUCAGCUUUACACACAUGGCUGCCCAGAAUCAUCUUCAUCAUCUUGUCCUUCACCAAUACAAAAGACAGGGAGUUUUCCAAACAUGGAUGACUUAGAAAGAGGGGGGAAAACCUCUUCCUCAUUUGGGUAUGACAGCGAUGAAGAUGAAACAGACUGCAAAGAAAUCUGUCUGAGCAAUGAGAGAGGAAGAUGCAGACAUGCUUCACAGCUGUUGCAGUCACAACCUACCUAUACCAGUGAAAACAACAAUAGUAAUAAUGAUGAAGCACAUUAUAUUACUACCCAUGAAAUCCAGCUUAGUGAAGUAGACCAUGACAUGGAUUUUGACUAUGGAUUAGCUUCUCGGUGGGACUUUGAGGACAACAAUGUAAUUUAUUCCUUUGUGGAUUAUGCUUCCUUUGGGAGCGAAGAGACUCUUGCAGACACACAAACAGAAGAGGAUAAUAGCUGUUAUCUCAGCACAACCACCAGUGAUCCUAAUAAUCAGACAGACAGUAUUGAUAAUACCAGCAGUACAGAGAUAGUCAGCAUUAAUUCUGAAAAUGAUACUCCAAGCACAGACAAAUGCGCCAGCUCGGAAGAAAGUCAGUCCAAGAACCUCUGCAACAUGAGUGAGAAUUCUGCAGGCCAGAUACUCCUAUCAAUCAAACCAACUUCCAGGGCUAUAAAUGAGCCUAGCAACCAGCACGGAAAGCAAAACAUUAUUUAUGCUGCCAAGCAUGAAGGCGACAUGAGCCUCUGUGUCUCCACAGCUCAUGAACGAAAUUCAAGUUUCAAACAAGAUGUGUUUCAUGACUAUGCAAAAAAAUUUACUGCAGUUCCUGCACGCUUGCAAACAAGGUGCGGAGCCAUAAAAGCAAGAGAACUGGGUGGAUAUUCAAGUGGUGCCUCCAGUGUGGUAAGUGAGUUGGAUGAUGCAGAUAAAGAAGUAAGAAGCCUGACAGCAAGGGCAUUUCGGAGCUUAGCUUAUCCCUACUUUGAUACCCUGAACUUGAGCUCCAGUGAGUCUUCCACAUCUCUUUCAGAUCACAAUCUAGGAAUCAACCGGUGGUCAACUUACUUGGAUUUAAAGUGCAACAGCCUUGGACAGAAAGCAGAGCAGAAUCUUUUCAAAAGUAGCGCUGCAUCUGCUGGAUGGAAAAGAAGCUCUGGGACUAAGACAUCCAGUGACCAUUUCUACAUUCACUCCAAUAAGUCACAGACUAAAGCAUUGGAAUUUGUUGUCAGUAAACUUGAUGGGGAAAUAACGCAUGUUGAAACACCACCUUGCUUUGAAAAACAAGUCCAGUCAGGCUCCCGAGUUGUUACUUUGCUGGAGACUUUGAAUUUCAGCAGCAAUAUUAAUGCGGGUGUCCCCAGACCUGCUAAACCUUCUGAAAAUGCUGCUGUUGGAUCAAGUUGCACAGAUGAAGUUACAGAAACACUGCCAAAGGAGCAGGGCAAUGAAAUCUGCAAACAAACCGGAGUGGUUGCAGAAACCAUGGAAGGAACGCAGAAGUCAAAAUUUGCAUCUAGCCUCCUCAAAAAUGUUAUUUCAAAGAAAAUGCAACGGGAACAUGAGUUCAAAAUGGAAAGGGGAGAGAUCACAGACACCACAUACUCUGGUAUGUCAAAUUCCUCAUCUUCUAAAGAGGUAGAUAGCACUGCCAAAGAGAAGUUAAAGAAUGGGGGGUUGCAAAGACAAAAUUCAAGAUAUUCAGAAGGCAGCUCUGAUUGCACUAUUGUAACAGCGGAUGAUUUGGGGGAGUUUUUUGACAGCAAGUCUCCAACCUCCAAGCCCUCUACUCCCCGCGAGGCCACUAUUAGCUUAAAUCGAAGCCUUUCAGAAUCAUUUUUAGAAGAAGCAUGUAAAAUAAAACGAAGUGCCUCUGAAACACUCAAGGCAACUUUCCUCCGUAGCCAGAACAGUGCAUUUAGAAUGUGGAAAGAAAAAGAAGCAGAGAAAAAAGAGGAAAAAGUUCCUGUGGGAAAACUGAAAAUUGGAUCUAAAGGUAACUGGAAGGCUGAUAUGGGAGAAAUCACAGCUAACAAAGCAACUAAAAUGUCUCAUCUUUUUGUCCCAAAUAUUCAACAAACAACCAAAGAUAAUACUAAUUUGCAUGUAACAAAAUACUCCUUAGCAACUACUCCAGCAGCUCAGACUGCUAUUGCCACCACAAUGAUAAAGCCCAAACCUCCAGAGAUCAAGAUAAGCUUGGGAAGUGUGGAGCAGAACAAAGAUAAUUCUUUCAAUAUUGCUAAGCUUCUCACCCCCAAGAUAGCUGGAAAUGCCCCCAAUUUUUUCAAGACAGCUGUUGAUACCAGAUGUCAACAGCAAAAGCAAAUAAAAGGGGAGACUAUGGACAAACUGCCUCAAUUUCAGGUACGUGAUGUAAGAGAAAAUAAGUCUAAAGUCCAAGGGCCUAUACAUCAGGUGAGAGAUGUCAGGAAAUUAAUCAAGAGUAGUUAUGGUCUUGAGUCAGGGGAUAGCCACAGUGACAGAGGUAGUGUUAACUCUGAUCAGGGAACCUUUGACCAGAAAGCCAAACAGCUGAUGUCAACAGGCAUUCCCAGGUCUCUGUCUCCCAUGGUGAUAACUUGUCAGGCAGUAAGUAACAGUAAAGAAGACAAGAAGCCCAACAGAUCUUCUGAGGUGGGGGCCAAAGUAAGUAAUGGAGGCAAGAUGCUCCCUUCCAACCAAGAAGGAACCAUCUUGGUGCACAGGACCUCAGGAAGGCUGCCAGUAGCCACCAUUGCUCCCAACAAAAGUGACCCUCGCCAGCCUGCUGUACUGAAGAUAGUCUCCAAAACAUCUGUGCCCUGGAGGCAGCAGUCACACCCACCACCACAGCAGUCAGUGACAACUGAGAAAAGCAGUAAGGUGGGACCACUGGUGGUGGAUGGAGAAGAACAACUUCCCAAAGAAGAGGUGACCAAGGCAUCUGUCUCAGCAAACCAUCAGGCACUGCAAAAACUCACAGCAGCAGUCCGGAGCAUGGAAGAGCUGUACAGUUUCAGUAAAAAUGAGUGGAAACGGAAGAGUGACCCGUUACCGAUAACUGACAGCCAUGUCCUGUCCCUCAUUGCCAGCGAGGAGCGGACCAUGGGAGGCAUGAACAGUGCUACAGAAGAAUCAAUGACAGCUGCCAAGGCUGAGGACCAGGAAGCAGCUCGGAUGGUGGGCUUAACAACUUCUCCCAACAGAUCCGCCCCAGAGCACCAACCUCGGGGCAGGUUCAGCAACCCAACCAAGAGCGCGGAGAAGGUCUCAGCCAAGACAGCGGCCUUUGAGAGCCUGGCCCUGGCCCGAGAGCGGACACGUGGUUCAGGCAUCUACGGGGAAUCUGCCGCCGGGCCUGCUGAGAGGGGCAGAAUCCCUGCGGUCCCCCGCGCCACCUUCACCUUCAGCGCUCAGGCCCAGAAGGCCAAGCAUCAACCUCCGGCGCCUUCGCCGCCUUCCCCUCCUCGAGGCCUCAAAGGCCAGGCCAGGCCUCGGGCCAUCAAGCUCUUUGGCGGCCGGCAGGGGAGCCUGGUGGAGCCCGACAAGGACCGCAAGCCCACCGUCCCCGACUGCGGGAACUACCUGGCCAUCUCUCUCAAGGAGUCGGCCGCAGAGCAACCUGGAUCGGUCGGCGCAGGCGCAGGAGCAGCGGUCAGCCGCGCCGGCCUCGUCGCGGCCGCCUCGCCCGCUGCCGCCCAGCCUCUCAGCCUGGGCCGGUCCCUGGCAGGCUCCAGC